UCAUCUAUUUCUACUUUCCACUUUGGUUUCAGCAUCUUGAUAGACCUGGGGUCAGCUUUUUCUCUCGUACUACUUAUGAUGAUAAUGCUAUUACCAAUGCUAUUGAAAUCUACAACAAACCCAGUGGUGCUCUUCAUUUUACUGCCUCGAAUAAUGACUGUGGAGUUAGAGAUUUUGACAUGGAGAGAUACCAGCUUGUUAAGCAUUUUUCCUUUCCUUGGCCAGUGAACCACACAUCAUUGAGUCCUAAUGGUAAAUUACUAGCUAUUGUUGGCGACAAUCCCGAGGGCCUUAUAGUAGACCCCAACACAGGAAAGACGCUGGAAACACUAUCAGGACAUUUUGACUAUUCCUUUGCCUCAGCGUGGCAUCCUGACGGAAUCACUUUCUCAACUGGAAACCAAUACAAGACCUGCCGUGUAUGGGACAUCCGCAACCUAUCUCACUCCGUUGCUGUCUUGAAGGGUAACCUUGGAGCAAUCCGGUCGAUCCGCUACACGUCCGAUGGAAAAUACAUGGCCAUGGCCGAACCGGCAGACUUUGUGCAUGUCUAUGACGUCUCAAAGGGGUAUGAAACAGAGCAGGAGAUCGACUUCUUUGGAGAGAUAUCUGGAAUAUCAUUCAGCCCUGACACACAGGCGCUCUUCAUUGGAGUAUGGGACCGCACUUAUGGUAGCCUCCUUGAGUAUCAUCGGUGCAGAAACUACACCUAUCUUGAUUCGUUUCUUUAAGCGAAGAAGAGAAGUAUACACAACCCGUUCCAAGGAAUAAAAGAGAGCUCAUACAAAAGCAGAAGCAUAGAAUAUAAUGGAUGUCUUAAAAGGUGUAAAUGAUGUGUUAUGCAAAUGCUAUUGUAGUUACUGUCUUUUUGUUUCCUUUGCCGGCGGCUUGCAUGUUGUUUCCUUGUGAAUUCUGAAGGUUCAAGAUGUGUACAGUAAGUAGUGUUGGUUAGUUGUUUCAAUUAUGAAAACAUCAAUGAAGUUUCUCACAAAAA